AUGGCCUUGAACAAGUCAGGGAGGGUCACUCCGUAUCUGAUCUACCUCGUGUUUAUCACUACCUUGGGUCCACUCCAGUUCGGUUACCACCUAGCUGAACUCAAUGCUCCCCAAGCGGUGAUAACGUGCGAAAAGAAAAGUAUCAAUUCGGCAGGCAUCACAUCGGACAGUCUCCCGCAAUGUCUCCCCAUGACCCCAUCCCAAUUCGGCCUGGUGUCAUCGGUAUACACUCUGGGUGGUCUGCUUGGAGCCCUGCUGGCAGGGCCCGUCUCCACUAGAUAUGGGCGGCUAAUCGCACUACGCGCCACCACUAUAUUCUUUGUCCUAGGUCCCGUCGCGGAAACAGUGGCACCGGCAAUUCCGCUCCUGAUUUUGGGCCGGUUUUUCUCCGGAAUUGGGUCCGGCGCGGCCAUUGUAGUUGGCCCCAUCUAUAUCUCCGAGAUUGCGCCUCCUGCUGCCCGGGGCCUCUUCGGCGCUUUUACGCAGGUCAUGACAAAUGUCGGUAUUCUACUAACUCAGACACUGGGGUAUUUCUGGAGCCACAGAAGCCUCUGGAGAUUGAUCCUGGCGGUAGCUGGUCUCAUCGGGGCAUUGGAGCUCCUGGGGUUGUUUCUCGUGCCAGAAAGUCCUACAUGGCUCGCCGAGAAUCACAAGGUCAACGAGGCGCGCCAGGUUCUGCAGCGUAUCCGCGGCCGGGAUGCUGACCUGGACGCUGAGAUCGAGGGCUGGCGGGCAUCCGGAGCCCCUACAUCUGGCGAGGAGGAAUCUUUGCUCGCUGUGCCAUCGGAAGGCCAUCCCACAAACCAGCCCCCGUCACAAUCAUUCAAGCUGCCCGGGAUCCUUAUUACCGGCCUGCCAUCGUCGCCGUGGUUGGGUGUCUCCCUGCUGCAGAGCAUCCUGCCCACGACAGCGACGUUGCUCACCGUAAUGAUCUCGGCGCUCAACCUGGUCAUGACGCUGGUGUGCUCCCCCUUGCCGGAUCGAAUUGGCCGCAAAACCUGUCUGUUGCUCAGUAUUAGCGGCAUGGGGUGCAGCUCCAUCUUGCUGGCACUGGGCAUCUCCACAGACCAGAAAGCCCUGUCUGCGAUCGCCGCCUUGCUCUUUGUGGCAUGCUUCGCGGUGGGGUUGGGUCCCGUUCCCUUCAUCCUGGCCUCGGAGCUCGUCGGACCCGAAGCGGUCGGUGCGGCUCAAAGCUGGGCGCUGGCGGCGAACUGGAUCGCGACUUUCAUCAUUGCCCAGUUUUUCCCGGUGCUCAAUGAUGCCUUGGGUGGCCGUGGGAAGGUCUACUGGGUCUUUGCGGUCAUGGCGGCCCUGCUGGGAGGAUUCAUCUACCGGUGGGUGCCGGAGACCAAAGGCAAGGCUAAUGCUGACGAGGUUUGGGGCCGAGCUGAUCGACGGGAAGAUUAA